CCCGAACGCGGCUCCGGGUUCGGCUGCGCCGCUCGGCGUUGAGAGCGUCCGGAGCGAACGGCUGCGGUAAUGGGACGGGAGCGAGGAAAGCGAAUCGAUCUGUAACGCAGGUAACAUCCAAAGGAGCUGGCCUAAACCCCAACGCCAAGGUGUGGCAGGAGGGUCCCCAGGGCAGCGGCGAGGCGGCGCUGCCAAGCAAUGGCGCAGAGCACUCAUGGCACGAACCGGCGGCUGUGGUGGGGACUCAGACUGAGGGUAACGUAGAGAUUUCGGAAGAUAGCUGCAAGCAAUAUGAAGUGAUGUACUCCACGUCGUGUGAAGCAGCAAGAAAUGGCACAGGAAUCGACGAAGCAGCUGCCAAUGGAAUUGUCCUAACAACAGAAGAUCUUGGAUACCAAAUCUAUGAAGUGGCCGGUGAAGGCAACUCCGUUGUGUCCACAGAAGAUAUUAGAGAAUGUUUGAGGAAACAACUCGAGUUCUGCUUUUCACGUGAGAAUCUUUCAAAGGAUCUCUACUUGAUGUCCCAAAUGGACAGUGAUCAGUUUGUUCCAAUAUGGACAAUUGCUAACAUGGAAGGUAUUAAGAAGCUGACAACUGAUAUGGACCUUAUUCUGGACGUUUUGAGAUCUUCUCCUAUGGUACAAGUGGAUGAGACAGGGGAGAAAGUCAGACCAAACCACAAACGAUGUAUUAUCAUUCUCCGUGAGAUCCCUGAAACAACACCUGUAGAGGAGGUUAAGGCUUUGUUUAAAAAUGAAAACUGCCCCAAAGUCAUAAGCUGUGAGUUUGCUCACAACAACAACUGGUACGUUACAUUCCAGUCUGAUACAGAUGCUCAACAGGCAUUUAAAUACUUAAGGGAAGAAGUGAAAACCUUUCAGGGCAAGCCAAUAAUGGCCAGGAUAAAAGCCAUCAACACGUUUUUUGCUAAGAAUGGUUACCGGGUAGUGGAUUCCAGUGUUUAUGCUCAGCCCAUUCAAACACAAGCACAGUUUGCCUCACCGCUGUUUAUGCAACCUGUAUAUAGUCCUCAGCAGUACUCUAUUUACAGCAUUGUGCCUCAGACAUGGUCUCCAAAUCCUGCACCUUACUUUGAAACACCACUGGCCCCCUUUCCUAACGGUGGAUUUGUGAAUGGCUUUAAUACACCAGGAUCAUAUAAAACAAAUGCUGCUUCUUUGAGUAUAGGUCGCCCAUUCCAUAGGAAUCGUGUGAAGCCUCACUUCCGAUCGUCAGGCAGCUCAGAGCACGCUGCGGAGGGUCCAGCUGCUGCCAGCACUGUGUCAAUGGGGGAUGGACCACUGAGCAGAACCAACUCAAGGAAUUUUGUUAUGGAGCGACAUAACAGCACGCUAACGGGGCACCAAGAGCAAGGCUAUUCCCAGAAGGAUUCUCCUACCAUGCAGAUGGAGCAGAAUGGGGAUUAUGGCAUUGGCAGGGGCAGGAGAAACAUCUUCAGAGGUCGGAGGAGACGAGAAGAUGACCGGAUUUCACGACCUCAGCCUUCAACAGAAACAAAGACUCAGACACCAAAGUUUGAUUUGUUAGCAUCAAAUUUCCCACCUUUGCCUGGUAGUACAGCAAAAAUACCAGGAGAGCCUGUGCUGGAGAGCAGGAUGUCUGAUGUAGUCAAGGGAAUCGGCAAAGAAAAGGAAAGCAAAGAUUUGCUGCCCAGCUGUCCGGCUCCUGCUCAGGAGGAACAGACGCACAGCAUUGUCCAGCAGCCUGUGACGAGCGUGAGUUCAUCGGGUCAGACUGAAGCUGUGGUGUUAAGCAGCGCAGUUCAGCCAGAGAGCAAACCAGAAGUGUCUGUUCAGAAGGAUGUUAAAAGCCACACGUCCCCACCUGUGUCUGUCUGUCCUGUCAGCACUGCAAAGCCGCCAAGGACAAAUACCACCAGUACCACCUCGUCUCCUACUAACACAAGUGCAGCUCCCGCGGUGUCGGUGCAGGAGCCGCGCAAGCUGAGUUACGCGGAAGUUUGCCAGAAGCCCCCGAAGGAGCCGCCUCCCGUUCCUGUUCAGCCUCUCAGGGAACUUCGCACCAACAUAGUUCCCCCAGCCAAAAACGACGACAGUGGUACGGCCGAGAGGGCUUCGGAGAAGGCUGCUGACAAAGCUGAAGGUCGGAUGAAGGAUUACUCCGGGUUCCGAGGCAGCGGGCCGCCCCGGGGAGCUGCGGGGAAAAUCAGGGAACAGAGGCGCCAGUUUGGACGCAGAUCAUCGCCUCAGGGAGCGCCGCGGCGUGUCGGCAAGGAGCAGUACGUGCCACCUCGGUCACCAAAGUAACGCCUGUCCGGCCCAUUCCUCUGUUUAAUUUGAGCUGUGGACUAAUGAGCAGCAAAGGAGACUGAGAAAGAAGUAUUCGUGAAGGGGAAUACUGAACUGGAGUGUGGCUUGUGUGGAGCAGGUGCGGAGGGUCCCAAAAUUCAUCUCUGAAAGUGAUUUCACAAAUGCUGGAGGAUUCCAAUCAAUAUGAAUAUAGAGAUUAUAAUUUUUGUAUUUUUGUUUUUAAUUUGCAGAGGGUUUCCUGCUUGAAAUCUGUUUUGGGGUUGUGAAACUAGCUUUUUGACAAAGUGAAAGAUUGUGAAUCGACGAAUGAACAUGUCACUUGGUGUAGGAGGAGAAGGAUAAGAGAUUAUUAUUUUUG